UGGCAUCACUACAGGAUGGAGAUGCACAUAGGGCCAGGGCUAAUGGGAAUCCCCCUCCCAGUCCCAUCCACACACACACACAAAAGCCGGCUCGUCUUACCAACCUUCACAGACGGACUGCAGCAUUCACAGCUGACACACCCUCAUCCUGUCAUCGCAGUCAUGGCCGACAAACCCAACAUGAUGGAAAUCACAAGCUUCGACAAAACAAAACUGAAGAAGACGCAAACCCAAGAGAAGAACCCUUUACCAACCAAGGAAGCUAUCGAGCAGGAGAGAAGAGAAUCAUCGUCCUGAAGAGUUCAAGACGGAAGAAAUAAACACGAGACAUCUGAAGCAAUCAUUACACACCUGCCUUACGUCAUGUAGCCACAUAAUGAUUUCUUUUUUAUAUAUAUAAUUUCUUUUUGGGUGAUUGUAUGAGUUGUCAUUGAAAUAAUAAUAAUAAUAAUAAAAGUUUUAAAACUUGUCACAACAGAA